AUUUCGCAAGUGAUACCAUUUGAUACAUCCCGUCGUCCGAUACACUAUAGUUACAUGUUUUUUUUUUUUUUUUUAUGUUUAACUUAUUGUUCGGAACCAAAGGUUCGAAGAUGAAAUCGACUUAGCUCGCUGUAGAAUACGACAUAAACUUAGACAGGAGUGCAUGCAGUUUGCAUGAUUUCAUCAUAACCACUCGCUCGCUCGCAUUAUCGGACAAGUAAAUCAGCGGAGGAAAGCCACAAUCUAUAAUUUGUCCGAAGGCCAUAAUGGGCUUAUGUAUAUGGUCUGAUGAAGAGAGAUUAUAAGCCUCGUGGUCAUGAUAUAUGCGUCGAUGCUGUCAUCCGCAGGUACAGAGGACUGAUGUAUCAGGUCGACUGAACCCCUUUCAAAGACGAGAUUGGCUUAAACCCCUAUUGCGACUCUGGAAUUGGUGGUCCUUAUUCGUCCCCGGCAUUUUCAUCUUGCAUGGAGGCAUACCUUUCGGAUCAACCCAAUGGAUAAUACAGAGUGGUUCUGGCGAUGCUUCGCGCCACUGUAUUGUACCUUUUUUUUUUUUCCUACCUAACGUUACCAUCAAUAUAUGUUGUUGUUUGGCAUGUACACCUUAGGCGUGACUGAACAAGUUGUAACUACCAAUAGGACCAACAUGUCGGCCAACAUGUCGAGGGGAAAAGCCAAACACCCUUCACACCUUUUCACUCCACGUCUAAUGCACAUCUAGCAGAGCCCAACCUAAAAUCCGGCCAAGCUAGACGAGGAAGAAAGCCGACUGCUGGAAUUUUUCGUUGCUUAGAGGUAAGGUAUGUUGAAGGGAGGGAGAUGCCGUGUUUUCUCAUUACGGGAUGAAACUUGAAUUUUAACAACUUAAAAGUCUUAAGUGAGUAAAUAAAGGUGGGAUAUAAUAGGUACCUAAUCGUACAAUCCAUGAUAAUACAAUAUCAGGUACCUAAGGUAGGUGCAAUAUGAAUGGUUAAAUGCCCCCAAUAGCACUAUUGAAUGUCACGCUGGAACCAGGUUACUACCUACCUUUAUUAAUAGAGG